AUGAGCAAAAUCACGCUCUUGCUACAAAGUCUCGAAGACGAGUACAAUGGCCUAAAGUCAGUGGCAGAACUCUAUAAGGAGACCGCUGGGUCAAAUCAACCUCCCUCAGAGGAGCAAGCACGUCGCGUCUACUGCGAACAAAGAAGGUGUGAGCUGCAAAUUGCGCUUGACAACGUUGAGAAAAAGCUUACCGUGCUGAAGGAAGUCUAUCAAUCUAUCAUGCAGACCUACAAAGAGGCAACUAAGCCUGAGAAGAAGGAAAUGCUCUCAGAGAUGGAAGAGUUGAAGCAAAAAGCAAACUUUCGCGUUCUCAAGCAAGACGGAGAAUGCAUGGUAAUGGCGCUGAAAGCCAGACUGCAUGAAAUAAGCACACAAGUCGCUAUUAUAGAUCUGAAAAACCUGCACUCACAAGAUCCCAACCAAAGCGAAAGAGGCUUGCAGCCUUGUGAAGAUGAUGAAUAUGAAGACCUUGAUCCAUGCAGCCUACUAUCAAACACUGAUCAAAAACGUGCAGCACAGAAUCCAACAACCUAUCACACUAGCGCAGAGCAACAUCUUGAGCUGUCGCCAGCACUCAGAGUGAAGUACCCACAACUCAAGCUACCCCAUUUCGAUGGUCAAAACGAAUCUUGGGAGGAGUUCUGGGAUACGUUCUCCCUGAUAAUUGAUCAGAACUCGCAGCUGAAUGACCUCGAGGAAAUACUCUAA